AUGGCAAUACGACACUUCAAGAAGCAAGUGCAAGAGUCUAGCGAUUCUGAAAAUUCGUCUUCAGACGAAAAAUCUACUACAGCAAGAGAUGAUAAUUACAGUUCGAAUCCGAUGAACGAAUCUGAACUUCACUUAAGUACAAAAGCGAACAGCGACAGUGACAGCGGUAAAGAUGGUCCAGAUAGUAGUAGCAGUAGCAGUAGCAGCAGUAGUAGCAGUAGUGAUGAUGAGGUAACGUUACACAAGCCUGUAUUUCUCAAGAGAAAGAGGAAAGAUGAGCAAAAUCAGCCAGAAGAGACAGGUGAGAACGGAAGUCUAGUUCGAGCUGCAUAUUUAGCUAAAGCUCUUCGACAGAAGCAGUAUACGGAAAAUAUAGUAGCCUCUGAGACUUCAGAUCAAUCGAUAUUGAGUCAAAUAAUUGCCAUUGAUGACACUGAUAAUACUAAUCCUGAACAAGAACAACUGCAAUGGGAACAGAGACAACAGGCAAGGUUGAAAAGAGAAAGGCAAAAGAAGUUAGAUAAGCAGUUAUUAAUCGAAGAACAAGAGAUGCAAAGGGCAUCGCAGCUCAGUAAAGUAGAUGAUCCUUGGCUCAAGGAAUUGGACUUGAACGAUGAUUCCAACCUCAAUUCCUUCGAUUUGAAGGCAUCAUCACGCAAUAGACAUCCUGUUAAUUCAAAGAAAGAUAUCUCUAUACCUGCCCGUUUGCAGAAAGGCCAACUCCAACUAGCAUCCUCCCAUACCAAUAACGAUACUGAAGACACUGAAUAUGGAUACAUAGAAGAGUAG